UCCAAUCCAAGCACAAACAAAAAAAAAAUUGUUUACGUGAAUAAAUUUUCUCUUAUCACUCGAAGAAGAAAAGAAAAAUAAAACAUGAAUUAAACUCCUCCUUAACUUCUAACUCCAUUAAAAUAAAAGAUAACAUCAAAAUGAACGGAAUUAUAGUGUUCAAUAGUUCCAACGAUGUUGUAUUUAAAAAAUUCAACAGUCAACUCGCACAGAAAAUUCAUGAAAUCGCUGAAAAACAAGGACUCAUCGAUGCACCAGACACUCCCAUCGAUUCGAAUAUAAUUUUGCAAAUAUUCUCACCAAUGGUCAGUUCCCAGAGGAUUAUGUUCUGUCAAUUCGAUAAUACGUACAGUAGCAUUCAAUGUGAGGAGGAUCUGAAUUUCACUUUUGGUGAUUUUCUAGGAUUUUCAUUUAUUAAAAUCGGACAGGUUCCUAUUGAAGUAAUGCGCAGAAACUGUGACGUCGCCAUAUCUUUGGCCAGGCAUCUCUAUGGACCGAAUCUAUUUGCCGCUGACAAGGUACAGGAGGAGUUAUUUGAUGGUUUGGUUGAUGCGUACGAGACGUUAUCGCGCAUCGAUCAGGGAAUGCAUGUUGAGGCGAUUCCCCAAUUGAUGAUUAACGCUGAGAUAAAGAACUCCAUCAAACGCACCCUGGAGGUAACGACAGAGAAGCUUAAGGACGUGGGUUCGAAUCGAUCGCACGCUCUGCUCUUCAUAAGCAGCAAGUUUGUUGGCUCGUACUCGUCUCGCACUGCACAGGGAUUGAGUGCGUCCGACAUUUUAUUCCUUUCACUGUUGGGUCGAACCCUUCAAAAGACCAAGAAGACUAAGCAGCUUAAUCGCACUGUGGUGGUCUUUCUCGAGGGCGAGCAUGCUAGCACUGUUUCUGGCUGCGUUCCCUGCAUAGCUCACUGCUCUGAACUCGAAAAAGGAGUGAUCGUCAUCUUUGUGGUGGAAUAUUGUAAUCUGCAGGUAGCCAGCAGUAUAUUCGACACCUUCUUCGUGCUGCAAAAGAUCCUCAAUGUCCAGGUCCAGGGAGACACUGAUGCCAUCAAGACCUCCUUCGACAAUCUGGAAGUCUUUGUGAAGCAAACUCUUGACGCCCUCAAGAAGGCAAAAUUGCGCGGCGACGAGAUCGAGAGUAGUCACAAAAAAUUCGCCUCCAAAUGGGAGAAUAUAAAGAAAAUGUUUAGCGAAUAUUUCAAGAACUACGACAAAGAAAUUGCCGUACGCAUAGAAUCGAAUAUUCCACCAUUUCUGGAAGACCUCAAAUCGCUAUUCACCUGCACCUGUUGCGACAGCAGCCACAUUGCCCUUGAGCAAAUCCCAGAAGUUGCUUCCUUCGUCGAAGGCAAGUUGCUAGAAUUCUCCGAGUUUCUCAGUGUCAAAGCCGAACGAAAUCUCAAUAUAGAAUCAUAUCUGGAGGAGUUCCCUGGGCUGGUUCACUUCAUCUAUAUCAAUCGUACCAAAGGCACAAUGAUCGCUCCCGAUCUGACCAAGGAGGAGAAGAUGGUCCCAGUGAUUCCACGCAUUUGGUCAAUGGUGGAAUUCACUCGCUCCUAUUUGCAGAAGGGACACACCACCGUCAUGUGGAAGGACAAGACCUUCAACUACUCGUACUUCCUCUGGUUCGAGGAUCAGAAUUCAGUUGCCAUGAAACCCAUCGAUUUGCAGAGUCAUUUCUACAAUCAUUCUGCUGCCAAACCUCAACACGCUCCGGGACUGUUGGCCUCCGACUUCUACCAUCAAUUCACCGAGAUCGGCUUCCCCAAGACCUCUCCCGGAAAGAUCAAAUGCUAUGAGAUCUUCUGCAUGCAUUUGGGUCUGGUUACGACAACUUGUGCAAUAGAACAUUGUCGACGGCUGGUGGCCACUAUCGCAGACGUUGUUGGCGAGGGUGGAGGUUCGGACAUCGCGUAAUUUAGUUUAUAACAUUCCACAUAUUGUAAGGCGUAUCAUGUUUUCUAGUCUCAAGAGUAAAGUUUUCAAAAUAAAAAAGAAAAA